AGCUACCACACGGCCACGCUAUAUAAAACCACCCCGGCCAUUACUCGGCAUCACACAGCACAAGCACCUAGCUUACUCGAGCUUGCGAGUCUCAUCAUCGUCCUCGCUAGCUCGAUUGGACAAGCUCAUCACGCGUCCACGGUUUCGAGUUUCGGCUAGCAGCUAGGUCAUUAACCAUCAUCAUCAUCAUCAAACAACCAAUCGAUCUGAAAAUGGGCAGCCUUGACAGCAACCCUGCCACCUUUGACGCGUUCGCCGCUGAGGCCGACGGCUUCCAGCCGCUCAACGCCGACGACGUCCGCUCCUACCUGCACAAGUCCGUCGACUUCAUCUACGACUACUACAAGUCCGUCGAGUCCCUGCCCGUGCUCCCCGGCGUCGAGCCGGGGUACCUGCGCCGCCUGCUGCAGUGCGCGCCACCCAGCGCUGCCGCGCCGUUCGACAUCGCUAUGAAGGAGCUCCGGGAGGCCGUGGUGCCGGGGAUGACCCACUGGGCCAGCCCCAACUUCUUCGCCUUCUUCCCGGCGACCAACAGCGCCGCGGCCAUCGCCGGGGAGCUCAUCGCCUCCGCGAUGAACACCGUCGGGUUCACGUGGCAGGCCAACCCGGCCGCCACGGAGAUGGAGGUGCUCGCGCUCGACUGGCUCGCGCAGCUCCUGCGCCUGCCGGCGAGCUUCCUCAUGCACCGCACCGACGCCGGCGAGGGCCGCGGCACCGGCGGCGGCGUCAUCCUCGGCACCACCAGCGAGGCAAUGCUGGUCACGCUCGUCGCCGCCCGCGACGCCGCGCUGCGACGCAUGGGCUCCAGCGGCGUCGCCGGGAUCACGCGGCUGGUCGUCUACGCCGCCGACCAGACCCACUCCACCUUCUUCAAGGCGUGCCGCCUCACCGGCUUCGACCCGGCCAACAUCAGGUCCAUCCCCACCGGCGCCGACACGGACUACGGCCUCGACCCGACGAAGCUGCUUGAGGCCAUGCAGGCCGACGUCGACACCGGCCUCGUGCCGACCUACGUCUGCGCCACGGUCGGCACCACGUCGACGAACGCCGUCGACCCGGUGGGCGCCAUCGCUGACGUCGCCGCCCGGUUCAACGCGUGGGUCCACGUCGACGCCGCCUACGCCGGGAGCGCCUGCAUCUGCCCGGAGUUCCGGCACCACCUCGACGGCGUGGAGCGCGUGGACUCCAUCAGCAUGAGCCCGCACAAGUGGCUGAUGACGUGCCUCGACUGCACCUGCCUCUGGGUCCGCGACGCGCACCGUCUCACCGACUCCCUGGAGACCAACCCGGAGUACCUCAAGAACGGCGCGAGCGACUCGGGGGCCGUCACCGACCUCAAGGACAUGCAGGUCGGCGUCGGCCGCCGCUUCCGCGGGCUCAAGCUCUGGAUGGUCAUGCGCACCUACGGCGCCGCCAGGCUCCAGGAGCACAUCCGCAGCGACGUCGCCAUGGCCAAGAUGUUCGAGGAAUCCGUGCGCAGCGACGACCGGUUCGAGGUCGUCGUGCCGAGGAACUUCGCGCUGGUGUGCUUCAGGAUCAAGCCCCACGGCGGCGGCAUGACGACGGAGGAGGACGCCGACGGGGCCAACCAUGAGCUCAUGGAGCGGCUGAACAGGACCGGGAAGGCGUACCUGGCUCACACGGUGGUCGGCGGCAAGUUCGUGCUGAGGUUCGCGGUGGGGUCGUCGCUGCAGGAGGAGAGGCACGUGCGAAGCGCGUGGGAGCUCAUCAGGAAGACCACCGAUGAGAUCAUGGAGGGAGAGAAGAAGUGCGUGCAUGAGGAUGGGUGCUGAUUAUUCUGACAUUGUUGUUCUUGCAGAUGGUACUGGAGUGUGGUGGUUGUUUUUGUUGCAAGAGAAAGACGGUCGUCGAAUAAACCCUUUACGGGGGCGUUGAAGCUCUGGAUUUUUCUUCAUGCAUCCAUGUAUCUCGAAAUUGUAUACGCAUUCAAUAAAUAAUUUCCUUUCCAGUGGAUUUAUUUA